AUGAUCAUUGGAGAAGUGUUCUUUAAACAUUUCUACGUGUGGGUUGCUGUGGUUUUACUAAUAUUAUGCAUGGAAAUGAAACCAGGUCUUGGAUCAUUGACUACUUCAAGAGUUGGAGAUGAUGCCAAAGUGAGGUGCAUAGAGAGGGAGAGACAAGCUCUCCUUGAGUUUAAAGAAGGGCUGAUUGAUGAUUAUGGCAUUCUCUCAUCUUGGGGGAGUGCAGAAGAGAAGAAAGACUGCUGCAAAUGGAGAGGAGUCCGAUGUAGCAACAGUACCGGUCAUGUCAUCAUGCUCAAUGUUCAUGCCAAAUUUUAUCUUCAGCCUUUGAGAGGUAAGAUUAGUCCUUCAUUGCUUGAAUUGCAUCAUUUGAAGCAUUUGGACCUCAGUGUCAAUGAUUUUAAUGGGAGCCGCAUUCCAGAAUUCAUUGGUUCCUUUAGCAGAUUAAAAUACCUCAAUCUUAGAGAGACUGGUUUUCUCGGCACGAUUCCAAAUCAGUUUGGGAAUCUUUCCGAAUUGCGUUAUCUAGAUUUGCGCUUUAAUGGAUAUUUGAGUGCAAAAAGUGUAGAGUGGGUUUCUCAUCUCUCUUUAUUAAAAUACCUUGACCUGAGCUAUGUUGAUCUUAGCGAAGCAAUAGAUUGGAUGGAAGUGACCAAUAAGCUCCCUCUGCUAACAGAAUUGUACUUAUUUGACUGUGAACUCCACAGUAUCAUUCCUCCCUCACUUCCAUUGAUAAAUUCUUCUGCGUCUCUUGCUGUCGUUAAUCUCUUGGGCAAUCAUCUGACUUCUUCAAUAUACAAUUGGUUGUUCAACUUCAAUACCAGCCUUGCUGAUGUAGAACUUCCUUUUAACAAUUUACAAGGUCCCAUCCCUGAUGCUUUCGGAAACUUGAAUUCCCUUGCCUUACUUCAACUCUCCUUCAAUCAACUUGAAGGCGGGAUUCCAAAAUCCUUGGGGAACUUAAGUAGUUUACGAACAUUAGAUUUGAGUCACAACAACUUAACAGGACAGAUUUCCGAGUUUGCUCACAUGUUGUCUGGAGGUACAGAGAAGUCAUUGGAGAUUUUAGAUCUUGGUGGGAAUCGACUUGGUGGUUCAUUGCCUGAUAAUAUCUCAACAUUUUCGUCCUUGAGGAGAUUGCAUCUUGCUGAUAAUCAGUUGCAUGGGUCUUUACCAGGAAGUUUGGGACAACUUGGCACUCUCGUUUCGGUAGACUUGUCCUUUAAUCAAAUUACUGGGUUAUUUCCUAAUCUCACUGCAUUUUCUUCAUUGAAAGAGUUAGUGCUUGCAAACAAUCAGUUGACUGGAACACUACCCAGAAGUAUUGGACAAUUCUCCAUGCUGGAACGUCUUGAUGUCUCUUCAAAUUUUUUGGAAGGUCCAAUACUACCAUUUCCUCCCAAUGUCACAUUAUUGAAUUUAUCCAGAAAUAAGUUCUCUGGGUCAAUUUCAUUCUUAUGUGCGGCUAUCAAUGAGAAGGUCAAGUUUAUUAUGUUCUCAUAUAACCAAUUGUCAGGAAAGCUUCCUGAUUGUUGGAUGCAUAUGAAAGAAUUAGUCGCUCUUGACUUGGCCAACAAUAAUUUGUCUGGGAAAAUUCCACAAUCUUUCGGAUUCCUCACUAAGGCUAAGACCUUGCACCUACGAAACAAUAAUUUCAUUGGGGAAUUGCCUUCGUCCUUGAAAAAUUGCAGAAAAUUAAUAACUUUGGAUGUGGGAGAAAAUAAAUUAUCAGGAAAAAUACCAACCUGGAUUGGGACACACUUGACAAGUUUAAUUUUUCUUUGUCUGCGAUUGAAUAAGUUCCAUGAGCACAUACCUCUAAAUAUAUGCCAUCUGAACUCUAUUCAAAUCUUGGACCUCUCACAGAACAAUAUAUCGGGAAUUAUACCGCAGUGCUUCAAUAAUUUUGCAGCUUUGGUUCGGCGGAAUAAAUCAAUAGAAAAUUUUUCUUUUAUUUAUCAAGUUCCUGAUGCUGAUAAUUUUGAUGUUGUGUAUCUAGAAAAUGCAUUGGUGCUAUGGAAAGGUCAAGAAUUUGAGUACAAAAAUACAUUAGGACUGAUAGGAAGCAUUGAUAUUUCUAGCAAUAGUUUAGUAGGGCAAAUUCCUGAAGAAAUCUCAUGCCUUGCAAAAUUAGUUUCCUUGAACCUAUCGAAAAAUUCUUUGACUGGACAUGUUAUUCAAAAGAUUAGUGAGUUGAAAAUGUUAGAAUCUCUAGACUUAUCUAGUAACCAGCUUUCUGGUGAGAUUCCUGCAAGCAUCACUCAUUUAAACUUUCUUGCUGUAUUGAAUUUGUCGAAUAACAAUUUGUCCGGAAAAAUUCCAUCAAGCACUCAGCUUCAGAGCUUUGAUGCCUCCGCAUAUGCUGGAAAUAAUGAACUUUGUGGGCUUCCUCUUCCAAAUACGUGCCCAGGAGAUGAAACAACUCUUGAUCCUUCGGUUACCAAUCGUGGUAAAGACAAUAUCAUUCAAGGAGAUGAGGAUGGGUUUAUAAACCAAGAAUUUUAUAUCAGCAUGGGGCUAGGUUUUGGUGUUGGAUUUGGUGGUGUCGUUGGCACCUUACUUCUCCAACGUUCAUGGGAACACAUCCUUUUCAAGCUCUUGAACAGCACAAAUGAUUGGCUCUAUGUGACAACAGCAGUGAAUAUGGCGAGAUUGAGGAGGUGGCUUCAAAGCUAA